AUGGCAGGCUCAAUGUGGCCAUGGUGGCCGAAAGCGUGGAAUCCAUUCACAAGAUGGUCAUGGUCGAACACGUUUGAUUAUGAGACCAUUCUCGAUGCCCUGGAAAAAGAAAUUCGGACGACAGAGUCUACCCUGGUCGAUAUACGAGCACGGAAACGACGAGCCAUUCACAAUGUACUACAAAUUAUGAUCACAUUGUGGAUUGUGUCGCUCAUUGUACUCUGGAUAUGCUCGUCGUUCUUUUGGGGUCGGGAGUGGGCUGCCUCGCGAUCACUUGUCGUUGUGGUGCUUUUGUUAGGGACGCCUCUGUUCAUUGCCGUGUUACACCGACUAGUGUCAAUAUGGUUCCGACGUCUUGAGCGUGCCCAGGAGACGCAUCUUAAUACACUCCGCAAGCAGAAGCGGGAAAAGAUCAACGAAAUCAAGAAAGCUACGGACUUCGAUCAUCUCAAUAACUUGUUGGAACGUUACGACGAGGAGAAGCAGCGCCCACAACUCAACCCUCCUUCUAUUCAGCCUAGAUUCGAAACAAGCAGUAAGCCUCUGAGGCGAAGUUCCACUCUGUCCCUUCGUCGUCAUGCGUCCAGUGAUACACUGCAAAACUCCUCUAAGGGCUCGAACCCGAGUGACGAGCAGAGGACUGGUCAGCUUGAGCUGCUGAAAUCACUCGCACCGCCGAUUUCUGGUCUUCCCGUGCUUGGCGUGCCAAGUGCUCAAGGCAAUACUGAAAGUCGUCCGUACCGAACGCCGUCACCACAACCACCAUAUCCUCGUGGCUGGAUGGACAAACUUGCCGACAUGAUUCUAGGUACAGAUCCCUACGGUGCUACUCCAGAGGACCAGCAGUAUGCACUGAUUUGCCGUCAUUGUUUCCGACACAAUGGUCUUGUACCGAAAAAUGAGCUUCAUGAAAUUCGUAUGUAUGACCGCAUUCACAGUACUUUCACUCACACGUCUACAGAGUACAUAUGCCCUUCUUGUCACAAGCUCAAUUCCCGGAGGCCGUCAAGUCGGCCAGUGUCAUCGCCUUUUGUUCGUGAGCGACGCCAGUUCACGCCGGCCGAUGACAAACGUGCGAGUCUCCCAGCCCAGUCGAUGUCAGCGUCCCGGCUCACAGACUAUUUGCAUUGGCCCAGCCAAGAUAGCCUACGACGAAGCUCGCACUUACGAACUCAUUCUAAGGACGAACGGCCGAAAGUUCCUCGCGAAGGUCAGAGUGACACUGAUGACAUGCAACUUGAUGAAGAGUAA